UCCGUCUUCUGUCUUGUCAUUCAGUGACAAAGAAGUAAGAACUGUUGAGGUAUAAUUUAAUUGUAAAUAGAAACGUUUGAAGAUAUUGCGCCACAAGUAAUAGUGGUAAAUUAAAAAAUAUGAAACUGUUUAAGUUCAUCCUCGUUUUGGUACUGUGCGUUAUUACUGAAGCCAUCCAGGUAGUCCCAGUUGGUCCCCCUGGAAAUGGAUCUACGCCGGCCCCUGCACCUCCAACAAGUACCCCAACUUCCACACCAAAACCUUCAACUCCCCCGGCCCCCACCACUGCACCCACAACAGCCAGCACGACAAAACCAACUACAACCACCACAAAACCAACGACAACAACAGAACCAACAACUACUAAGGCUCCUCCAACAACCAGCAAGACCACUCCUGUACCCACCACAACUGCAAAACCCCCAUCAACAACACCUGCGCCAAAUCCUGGCGAUCCGGUUGUCGGAAGCUGGAAUAUUACAAAACCUGGCACCGACAUAAAAUGCAUCAUGUCCAAAAUGGCAUUACAGAUAGAGGUCGACUAUGAAGAGAAAAACAAAACUACAAAAGCUGUUUUGGACGUUCCAGCUAACGCCACAGCUAACGGUACUUGCGAUAAUGACAAAAGAAACGUUCUUCUUCUAACGUGGACAGAUGGGAACUCCACCAACUCCAUCACUUUCAGUUUCUUCAAUAACACAAAUACCUCUCAAAUCUCCCUCGAUAAUAUUCUUGUGAAUCUAAAUGGACUGCAUGAUACAGACCCCAUGAACUUCAUGUACAACCGUAGUGUGUUUGAAGCUCCUCUGAAACAUUCAUACAAAUGCAAUAAGGAUCAAACACUCACUUUGACCAACUCCAAAAAUGACAGUAAUUGCAAAGCAACGUUGAAAGUCAGCCAUCUUCAAAUUCAGGCAUUCAGAACAUCCAAUAGUACGGACUUUGGAGACGCAAUCGACUGCAUCAGUUCUACACCCGACAUAGUCCCUAUUGCAGUUGGCUGUGCUCUAGCUGCCUUGGUAGUGAUCGUACUUUUGGCCUACUUGUAUGGUCGUAGGAGAUCUCAGGCAAGAGGAUACCUCUCAAUGUUUGCGGAAAACAAGCAAGAAGAGGAUUACAUUCCUAUGAAGACUUUGUCAUGCUUUCGCUGAUUUGUUGAACAAAUUAUGACGCAAAAUAUAUGUGAUAUGUGAGUGAUAAUUGCUUAUCAAGCACUAAGGCCUUCUGUAAAUUUAUAAUUUAGAGAUGAAAUAUUUUUUCAUAAAUAGUGAUAAACAAUUUCUGUAGGUCUCCUAGAAUUGACAAUUACAAUUUAAAAUUGUAUUAACUCGUCACAAUAUUACCUCUGCUUUUGAGCACGACACAUUUCCUAAUGAUUUAUAAAGCAUCGCUAAAUAUUCCACGUUUUUUUUUUGUUAGCCAUUACUUUGUUUAUUUUUUUCUAUUAUCAUAUAUAUCAUAGUUAAUCUAGGGAAAUGACUGCAAAUUUAGUGAAUAUGUAUUGAAGUUAGUCAUCAGUGUUUUCCUUAUGAAUUUAGAUGUUUAUAAUAAAUGAAAUAUAGUACA